AUGAAGGUAGCCACGAUCCUUGUUUGCCUUUUAUAUGGGGUUGCCGCCUUUGAGGAUACUGCAGCCUGGAAAUCGUCGGCGAUACUACCACGAGAAGAAGACAUACAUUCUGUUCUGACAUCACUAUCGACAUCUCUCGCUUCAGUCAAACACUCUGUCGAAACCUUUACCAGCGAUACGACACAAUCAAAACCCGACUUGGAAGCCCUGAUCAGUACAGUCAACUCAGCUGCAGCUUUGAUUGAAAGAUCCCCGCAAAAUCUUACCCAAGAUGAGUUCUUUACCAUAAAAGACGCCCUCAUUGGACUUCUUCACGAGCUGGAUAUCAAAAAGGAGCUCUUGGCGCAGUCAGAUGCAGAGAAUAGCGUUGAUGGUGCCAGAGAUGGACUUGAAAGACUCAGUGCCGCCAUGGCGUCCAGACUGCCAAAGGCCCCAGGCUUACCAAGGGAUAUUCCUUACAAGAAUGUAGAUGGUCCAACGGCUCUCAGAUAUUUAGUGGAAAUGGUGUCUGGCAAUCUAUGGGACUUUCUAGGUGUAUUCCAGCCAUUCAUCAACGGCGACGCAAACACUCAGCCUCAGUUGAAUCUUGUCACCAAAGACGCUGACAAACUAUUGGUUGGGUUGAUUCAAGCCACGUCUGCGAUGGAAAAAAUCACAGGAAAUGUGAGCAUGGAUGAAGUCGUCAAUAUAGAAGGAAUCUACGUCACAAUGUUUAAUUCGACAAGGGACAAAUUAAACAACACAGAAUACAUGCCGAAUCCACAAUUCAUCAAUCAAGGGCUCUGCACAUCUCUCAGCGACAUCGAAACGCAUUUCGAAAACUUCUUCACCACCACUUACGGAAAGCUUGGUUCAUUUGUACUUUUAAAUGAUGUCUCGGUCUCUGUUUGGCAAAACUUUCUGGCCGGAGUGAUCAUUUGGUCGAACGAUAUUAAUACCGCUUUCAAUGAGUCUGCAGAAAAGUGCAGUGCAGCCAAAGGUGGCACUCCAGCGCCGGGUCUUCCUGGUGUCAUUGUCGUAAGCGUCAUUGAGACUGUCACGGGCCCAUGCCACUGUGCGACUGCCGGGCCGCCCACAAAAACCAGGGAUUCUAUCAACACCGUCACAAGUACCUUCAUGGACGCGGUACCAGGCGAUGCGACCGCGCCACCAGGCCCGUCGCCUCCAGCGGCGGGACAAGCUAAUACCGUCGUGGUGAGCGUAUUUGACACGGUCACAGUUCCUUGUCUCUGUGCAACUAGCUCAUUGGCAACUACCACGGAUGCUUCAAAGACUAGUACCUCUACCGCUCCGGCUACUGCAGAGAGCGAACAACCGUCUGCCUCAGAUCCCAGCGGUGCCAUGACCAAUGUUGUUGUCCCCUUGGGACUGGUCGCUGGGAUGUUUUUCUUGUUUUUCUGA